CCGGCCGCAGUCCCCGGGGCCGCUGCCGCCCCAGGCCCUCCCGCCCGCGCCGGCCCACCCCUCCGCCCAGAGCCUCCCCCAGCCGCUGUCCGCCUACAACAGCAGCAGCCUGAGCCUCAACAGCCUCAGCAGUAGCGGGAGCAGCACUCCAGCGAAGACUCAGCCCGCCCCCCCUCACGCCUCCCCGUUCCCCCUGUCACUGCCCAGCCACAGCCCCCUGCACAGCUUCACGCCCACCCUCCAGCCCCCCGCACACUCACAUCACCCCAAUAUGUUUGCCCCUCCCACUGCCUUGCCUCCUCCACCACCUCUGACAUCAGGGAGUCUGCAGGUGCCCGGACACCCGGCCGGGAGCACUUACUCAGAGCAAGACAUCUUGCGACAGGAACUGAACACACGUUUUUUGGCCUCCCAGAGCGCUGACCGCGGGGCCUCCCUGGGCCCCCCACCCUACCUGCGGACCGAGUUCCACCAGCACCAGCACCAGCACCAGCACACGCACCAGCACACGCACCAGCACACGUUCACGCCCUUCCCCCACGCCCUGCCGCCCACCGCCAUCAUGCCGACGCCAGCACCGCCCAUGUUUGACAAAUACCCAACAAAAGUUGACCCAUUCUACCGGCACAGUCUCUUCCAUUCUUAUCCUCCUGCUGUCUCGGGCAUCCCCCCUAUGAUUCCGCCCACUGGCCCUUUUGGUUCACUGCAAGGAGCAUUUCAGCCGAAGACGUCCAACCCAAUCGAUGUUGCUGCCCGACCUGGGACGGUCCCACACACUCUCCUCCAGAAGGACCCGAGGUUGACAGAUCCUUUCAGACCUAUGUUAAGGAAACCAGGGAAGUGGUGUGCUAUGCAUGUUCAUAUUGCCUGGCAGAUCUACCACCACCAACAGAAAGUCAAGAAACAGAUGCAGUCAGACCCACACAAGCUGGACUUUGGCCUGAAGCCCGAGUUCCUGAGCCGUCCUCCAGGUCCCAGCCUCUUUGGAGCCAUCCACCACCCCCAUGACCUGGCACGGCCUUCAACUUUGUUCUCUGCCGCUGGUGCUGCACACCCACCCGGGACCCCUUUUGGGCCCCCUCCUCAUCACAGCAACUUCCUUAACCCCGGGGCUCACCUCGAGCCUUUUAAUCGGCCAUCUACGUUCACUGGCCUGGCAGCAGUUGGUGGCAAUGCCUUCGGGGGACUUGGAAAUCCUUCAGUUACACCCAACUCAGUGUUCGGCCACAAGGAUGGCCCCAGUGUGCAGAGCUUUAGCAAUCCUCACGAGCCCUGGAACCGGCUGCACCGAACGCCUCCGUCGUUCCCGACCCCUCCGCCCUGGCUGAAGCCAGGGGAGCUGGAGCGUAGCGCGUCCGCUGCAGCUCAUGACAGAGAUAGAGAUGUAGAUAAACGAGACUCAUCCGUUAGUAAAGAUGACAAAGAAAGGGAAAGCGUCGAGAAGAGACACUCCAGCCACCCUUCACCAGCACCCGUCCUCCCGGGGAGCGCCCUGGGGCACGGCCGCAGCUCCACCGACCAGAUCAGGGCUCAUCUGAGCACCGAGGCUCGUGAGAAAGACAAAUCCAAAGACAGGGAGAGAGAGCACUCGGAGUCCCGCAAGGACCUGGGCGCCGACGAGCACAAAGCGAAGGAGGGCCCCCUGCCCGAGAAGGACGGCCACGGCCACGGCCACGAGGGCCGCGGCGCGGGCGAGGAAGCCAAGCAGCUAGCCCGGGUGCCGUCGCCCUACGCGCGGGUGCCCGCCAGCGACAGCGCCAGGCCGGGCAGCGCCGCCAGCCGCGAGGCCGAGCCGCGCAAGGGCGAGCCGGCCUACGAGAACCCCAAGAAGAGCGCCGAGGUCAAGGUGAAGGAGGAGCGCAAGGAAGAGCACGACCUGCCCGCCGAGGCCCCGCAGAGCCACCGGCCCUCGGAGCCGCCGCCGCCGCCGCCCAGCUCCUCGGCCAGCGUGCACCCGGGGCCCUUGGCCUCCAUGCCCAUGACCGUGGGGGUGACGGGCAUACACCCCAUGAACAGCAUCGGCAGCCUGGACCGGACUCGCAUGAUGACGCCUUUCAUGGGCAUCAGCCCCAUCCCGGGCGGAGAGCGCUUCCCGUAUCCUCCUUUCCACUGGGACCCCAUCCGGGACCCGUUGCGGGAUCCCUACCGGGACCUUGACAUUCACCGGAGAGACCCGCUGGGCAGGGACUUCCUGCUGAGGAGCGACCCCCUGCACCGCCUCUCGGCCCCCCGGCUGUACGAAGCCGAGCGCUCCUUCAGGGACCGGGAGCCCCACGACUACCACCACCACCACCACCACCACCCGCUGUCGGUGGACGCGCGGCGAGAGCACGAGCGCGGCGCGCACCUGGACGAGCGGGAGCGCCUGCACAUGCUCCGCGAGGACUACGACCACCCGCGGCUCCACGCCGUGCACCCCGCCUCCCUGGACGGACACCUGCCCCACCCCGGCCUCAUCGCGCCCGGUCUGCCCAGCAUGCACUACCCACGCAUCAGCCCCACGGCGGGCCACCAGAACGGACUGCUCAACAAGACGCCCCCCACGGCGGCGCUCAGCGCGCCUCCGCCGCUCAUCUCCACGCUGGGGGGCCGCCCCGUGUCCCCCCGGAGGACUACCCCUCUGUCCGCGGAGAUCAGGGAGCGGCCGCCCUCCCACACGCUGAAGGACAUCGAAGCCCGGCAAUUCUCGGGACCUUCCCAAGACUCAGCAUCAGCGGGCCUCGCCUUGCUAUUUCUGGCAGACCGCCCAGCUUUCUCCUGCACACCUAUUUCCAGGCCGCCAUCUGCAAUGAUCUAUUCCCAAAGGCCCUGCUGUCAGAAGCUGAGCCACUGACUGAGGUCAGACUCAAAGCCAUCUCCAUGAAGCCUCCCCUGAGGGCCUGUUUCCUGCUUAUUCCCCCUCUUUGGACCCUCCUAGGGUUGAGCUUGCUCUCCGAGCUCCCCUCCCCCUCCCUCCAGUCAGCCCUUCCCCUUCUGGGUUCCACGGGACCCAUCGUCUCUACUGCAGGAUGGUCAGCCCCUCAGGACGUGCGCCCCAAACAAGGCCUGCACUAGGUGGGUGAGGCCACUCCUGGCUGGUUCCCUGAACUGCAAGACUGCACAGAACCUUGGCGCGCAAACCUUCUUGACUGUAACCCACGUCCAUCGUGAUUAUGCAGGGCAUGCGCACACGCCUGACACAGGUUUGAUGAAGCCAUACCCCUGUUGUGUGCAAUGAACUCUGUUUUUUGUUCUGUCCUCUCCUUAUUCAUUCUUUUAAAUGCUGUUCGCACCCACUAGUUCAUCUCAUGCCUUUGGAAUCUUGGGUCUCCACCCCUAGUUUGAAACUAGUAUCACGGGAGAAAUCCUCCAGACUCUAAAGGAGGGUCAAGGCUAUCUUCUGCUCUUGUCCUUCAACUGCUACCCUGUCCUCUUACCUGACUCUCCCUAAGCCCCCUCCACGCUGCUGCCAGUUCUACUCACAUCUCUCCCACGUUCCAAACCAUCCCUUAUUUAAAGAGGACACCAGAGUGGAGCCUGGAUUCUCGUCCAGCCUGCGAAGUCCUGCCUCUCUAGUGCCUGGGAACCUCUCAGUGUCAUCUCCGCAGGCCUUUCCCAGCACACACUGGCCACUCACACCGCUUUGUUUCUGUUCCCUUUGCUGUCUCUUCUCCGUCUGGCAAACUGAGGCUCACUUCAAAGGCCCUCACCUCCAGGAAGCCUCCCCUGACUGCCCCUUGUUCCCCAUCAUAGUUCACUGCUUAGACUAAUGGUUCUCAAAGUGUGGCCCCCAGACCAACAUCAGCACCAGGGAACUUGUUAGAAACACAGAUUCUCAGACCUCCACCUCUAACCUCGUGAAU